AAAACAAAUUUUAGGUUAUUUAACUGUCAAUUUAUAUUUGCUUCAAAAUGCCAGAAAAUCUAAGAGAAAUAGUAAAUGGGGCCCAAUUACCUCAAUUUAUAAACCAAAAAGUAAGUUUAACUGGUUUAAUUACGAACGUCAAUCCAAAUGGGCUCUCUUUCGAUGUCCGCUCAACAGAUGAUGUCUUAAUUAAAGUUAACCUAAAGAGACCGAAUAGAAAUGUUUUGGAAGGAUAUGUAGAGGUGCAUGGAACAGCUCAGAAUAAAGCCAUAAUUUGUGAUGAAAUGGUUCUGUUUUCACAAGAUGGAUCUAAAGAUUUUGAUACCGCUUCACAUAAUACACUAUGUAACUUAUUACAUUCUGUCCCUCAAUUGUGGGUAACUGAUGAUUAAAAAAAAGUAAUUUAAAUAAGU